AUGGCGUCUUUUCCAUCGUAUCCAUCUUCUUCGUCUUCUGCACCAACUAGAAGAUGGAUAUAUGAUGUGUUUCUAAGCUUUAGGGGGGAAGACACUCGCAACAACUUUGUAGAUCAUCUAUAUGCGGCUCUUGAUCAAAGAGGAAUACAUGUGUUCAAAGACGAUAAGGCGCUUCACAAAGGGAAACUAAUAUCUCGAGAGCUGCUGGAAGCCAUUGAAGAAUCGAGACCGAGAUCAGACCGGACAGAUGGUGUUACCGGUGUUUUAUCAUGUAGAUCCAUCCCAUGUUCGUAUCGUGGACAUAAAAGAGACUUCCAUACUGCCUUCCAGCAACACGAUGACAAGUUUAGGGGAGAGAUAGAUAAAGUGAACAAGUGGAGGAAAGCUUUAGCUGCAGCUGCCGGUCUAUCUGGCUGGCAUGUCUCGGAAACAGGCAAUGGGGGUGAAUCUGCCAUCAUCACCGAGAUUGUUGAAAAGAUCUUAGAGCAACAGAAGAGGUGCGCAUGGUUGGGAUAUUGGGAAUGGGAGGAAUUGCUAGACAUUGCAUGCUUCUUCAAGGGUAAAGAUGAAGAACAUGUAACUACAGUACUCGAUAGUUUUGGUUUUGACCCGGUGAUAGGGAUUAGUGUUCUUAUUGAAAAAUCUCUUAUAACCGUUUCAAAUAAAAGGCUAGACAUGCAUGAUCUCAUACAGGAAAUGGGUUUCCAUAUAGUUCGCGAGAGUUUCCCAAAUAGCAGGCUAUGGCAACUUCAACAAAUCCAUGAAUGCAUCAAGGGAAACAAGAAUCCACAAGCAAUUGAAGCCAUAAAGUUGAUGGAUAAUGAAUACCAUGUUGAUGACAUCCAUGCAAACUUAGGUUUAAGUGCGGAAGUUUUUGCACGCAUGAUAAAUCUUCGGUUACUCUAUAUUGACCGGAAAUUCACUUCUACCCAACCUACAUUUCUCCCUGAUGAGCUGCGAUGGCUUUGUUGGAAUGAAUACCCAUUCUUGUUUCUUCCAUUAGCAAAUAUGUGUAAGCUUGCUGGCUUGGAAAUGGCCUAUGGAGAUAUUAAACAUUUAUGGAAGGGGCGAAAGAUUCUUCCACACUUGAAAUUCAUUCACCUCAAAAGCUUGUAUAGCCUCAAAUCUCUUCCAGAUGUCUCUGGGGCCCCAAAUAUAGAGAGGUUAAUUGUGUCCGAUUGUGAUAAUUUGGUUGAGGUUCACGAGUCUCUUGGUUCUCAUGGAGGGCUGGUUUACUUGGACAUGAGUGGUUGCAAUCUUGUCGAACGUCUCCCAUCUAGGCUUGAGAUGGAAUCCUUGGAGACACUAAUUCUCUCUGGAUGCUCUAGACUUGAAAUAUUACCUGAAUUCUCCCCAUGUAUGGUUAAACUAUCACAAAUAAACCUUUAUUCUUGUUCUAGAAUAAAGAAACUGCCAUCGUCAAUAAGACAUUUGUCUAGCCUAAGCAUCUUAAAUCUCACGAACUGUUAUAAUCUUGAGAGCAUACCAAACUCUAUAUGUGAGUUAAAAUUUCUUCGGUGCCUGUAUCUUCACAACUAG